AUGGCAUCUACAGCUGCCCACCUCGUCUUAACAGCAGUCAUCCGCGCCUCUGGAGUAAAAUGGGACCCAACACUACGGAGCAAAUUACCGAAUCUAUACGUUCAGGUGCAGCUUGGUAAUGAGAGCAGACAAACGAAGGCUAUUAAGAAGAAUCUGUUCCCUGUAUGGAACGAGAGUUUUUCAUUCAAACGACCUAUUACGGACCAAGGGGCGAAAUUCAUCAUUCAGAUCAAGCACGAUUCAUUACGUUGGACAGACAAGGACGUCAGCAUAGUUGAAGUAGAUCCUGACGACUUACUGGCAAAGCGUGCCAGUGGGAAAGGUGUGUGA